AUGGCUUCAAAAGCUGCUUCUGGUAACAAAGCUCGUAUUCAUAUUAUUUAUUAUUCUAUGUACGGUCAUGUUGCUAAGUUGGCCAAAUCAGUACUAAAGGGUGUUGAAGCAAGUGGUGCUGAAGCACGACUAAUUCAAGUGCCAGAAACUUUGUCUAAGGAAGUCUUAGCAAAAAUGCAUGCACCCGAAAAAGAUUCAAAUGUACCAACUAUUGCCGUAGGUGGUGGCGGAGAAAAUACUAUUUCACUCGAAGACGCAUUAGUCAAUUGCGACGGUAUUUUAUUUGGAUAUCCAACGCGUUUCGGUGGAAUGCCCGCUCAAGUCAAAGCUAUUUGGGAUGCAACUGGUGGUUUAUGGAUGAAAGGUGCACUUGUUGGAAAGCCUAUCAGCGUUUUUGUUUCUACUUCAACACAAGGUGGCGGUCAAGAAACAACAAUCUUAACUGGAUUAACAAACUUUAUUCACCAUGGAAUGUUAAUCGUACCGAUUGGUUAUUCAUCUCCACUCUCCGCUAACAUGGAUGCUAUUCACGGUGGUAGUGCCUACGGAGCAGGUACUUUCGCUGGCAGUGACGGCUCUCGUCAACCAACAGAAUUAGAAUUAAAUAUUGCUGAACAUCAAGGAUCGCAUUUUACUCAAAUUGCAACUGCACUCAAAAUCGGUCGUGCAGCAUUGCCACCUAAAGAUGCCAAUCCACCCGAUGCCAAACAAUAA